GCCAUACGAGUACGACCAUUAACAAAACAAGAUCGUUCACAACCAAGGUUCUCUCAUUCUUCGGAUUCUGAUGUUAUCAAAACCUUUGGCAAUACAGUUACAGUCGUCCCUCACCAAAAAUCAUUCAAUUUUGAUUAUGUAUUUGAUACAGAAAGUACACAAGAUCAAGUAUUUAAUGGAGUAGCAUCAAAUUUAGUAGAUAGAUUUUUAGAUGGGUACAACGCUACUAUUCUUGCCUAUGGUCAAACUUCAUCAGGCAAAACACACACUAUCAUGGGCUCAACAGAUCCUGAUCAAGAAGGUAUCAUUCCUAGAGCUAUGUUUGCUUUUUUUCAACGUUUAUAUCCAAAUUCACCUUCUUCAUCUCCAUCAUCAUCUUCAUCAUCAACAAAACGAUCUACAUCAAAUGCUACUUUUCCACCAUCAAAUUCAGGUUUAAGAUUACCUCGUCGUGCUAUAUCUUCAACAAAAUUACGCCCUGUUUCCAUGAUUACUACAAACAACAAUGCCAAUUCAAGUCCUUUACGUCGUGGUUCUGCUCCUAUUAUUCAAGAUGAUGUAUGCGAUAAAUCACCUCGUUAUACUGUUCAUGUCAGUUUUGUAGAAAUUUACAAUGAAGAAUUGAUUGAUCUAUUAAAUCCUGCUCCUCCAAAUGAACGUCCUCCUGCUACCAUUCGUGAAGAUACAAAAGGUCAUAUUCAUUGGACUGGUGUGAAAGAAGUUGUGGUCAAUAAUGCUGAUGAUGUACUACGAUACCUACAAAUUGGAACUGAUAAUCGUGCUACUGGAUCCACUGAUAUGAAUGCUAAAUCAUCAAGAUCUCAUGCUAUCUUCUCUGUCACUUUGAAACAAGAAAAAUGGGUUCCUUCAACAUCACCAACAAAAUCAAAUAGUACUCUACGGAAAAGAGAACCUGCUCCAUCGCCUGUCAACACACGAUCUUCUAUGAUUGGAAUGAAUAGACGAGCUAGUUGUCUUAAUGUCAAAGCUAUGGUGGGUCAAAUGGAACAACGUACCAAGGAUGAUGAUGAUGAUGGUGAAUGGAUGAUCAUGCUUUCCAAGUUCCACUUUGUCGAUUUGGCUGGUUCUGAACGAUUGAAACGUACUGCUGCAGAAGGUGAUCGUCGAAAAGAAGGUAUUAGUAUUAACGCUGGUCUAUUAGCUCUUGGCAACGUUAUCUCAGCUUUGGCUGCUGAUCCCUCCAAUCAUCAGAAAAAAGCAGCUCAUAUACCAUAUCGGGAUUCCAAAUUGACUCGAUUACUACAAGAUUCUUUGGGUGGAAAUGCAACAACUCUCAUGAUUGCCUGUAUUAGUCCUGCUGAACUCAAUUUGACCGAAACUGCCAAUACAAUCAAAUACGCUCAUCGUGCACGAAGUAUAAAAAAUAAAUCUGAACGCAACGAAACCGAAGAUUGGAUGACCAACGAUAGUCCCGACUUUUUACGAUCUCUUAUCACCAAACUGAAAACCGAAAUUAGAACUCUAAAAUCACAAGGAUCAGUAUUACCCAACAGAAAGAACUCUUCUCCUACCAAUUCACAUUCAACAUCCACUGAAGAAGAUCAGCCAUUACCACCUAGUCCAUCACCAUCAGCAGUACUCAACAUUUCCCAACCUGAUGCCGUAGAAUUCGAUCAUAGUCAGCUUUUGGUUGUUUCAGAUCUUCGUCGACAAAUCGAAGAAUUACACAAUGAACUCACAGUAACUCGCGAACGCAAUCAAUGGGUAGAAUCUCAACUUGGACAACGAUCUUUGAAGAUAACAUGUAGUCUCGAUUUUCAACAUUUAGUAGAACCUGUUAUUGAAGAAUAUGAAAAAUCAAUCUCUGGUUUGGAAUCACAAUUGGCACUAGCACGCGCAGCAUUGACUCACUCUGAUGAAGCAUUGGCUCAACAAGAGUCAAAGAUGGCCGAAUACCAGCAACUCCGAGAUCAAGAACAUGAAACAUUGGCUACAUUACAAGAUAAGCUUGCCAAAGCCAUCGAACGUGAACAAUCUACCGAACGUUAUAUUCAAGAACUGGAAACCAAGUUGACCGUUUCUGCUGAAGAAGCUUCCCGUGAUCAAGAUAUUCUGAUCGCUCUGAAGAAUAAAGUUAUUCAUUUCCAAGAUAUGGAUGCUACUACAGAAAAAUAUAUUCAAGAAUUAGAACUCAAAUUGACCCAAGCACAAGAAGAUCAAGAACGUUGGAAUGAACAAGUAACUACCAAUGAAGAAAUUACCCAUCAAGAUGAUGAUGAACACCAACAACUACUGGAAGAAAUGGUUGUAUCUCGAUCUCAAUGUUUAGAAUGGAAACAGACCUUGGCCUCCAUUAAAAGGCAUUCUAUCAUGUCUGAAUCUGCUGUUGCUGAUUUGGAAAUUGGAGCCCUUACUUCUGGUAACGACGAAGGAUCCCCGAGUUCAUCCACACCAUCUGCACUUGAAUUGCGAAGACAAUUAGAAGAAAAGGAAUCUCGUAUUGCAACUCUGGAAAGACGAUUGGAAGAAAUGGACACUUUACAUCAAGAAUUGGUUAGCUUACAAACAACACAUACACAAGCAAUGACAGAUCUGGAAUCGCAAUUGUCAACCAUGAAAGAAAAUCAUGCAAAAGUGGAAUUGGAUCUACAAACACGAUACGAUGAAGCUCAAGCAACCAUUACUGCUCUUACUUCUCAGGUAGCCAAGGAACAAGAAGGACACCAAGCCGCCUUGUCUAAACGAACAGAGCUUCAACAACAGUUUUGGGAACACGAACAGGGCACACAAAUUACAUUACGACUCCGAUUGGCAGAACUGGAGAAACUCAACUUGGAUAUUCAGGCACUCCAUCAAGUUGAAAGCAAACAAGAACAAAUCAUCAUCUUAUUUGAACAGAAAUUGGUCGACAUGGAACAUGCAAUGGGUCAAUUACAGCAACAACUGGAUGUGAAGGAUGCUCAUCUUCAGCAAUUGGAACAGGAAAACCAACAAAAAACACAAUGUGUACAGGCUCUUCAAAAGGAUUUACAAAGCGUUCUACGUGAUAUGGCUGCUCUUGGAAUGGAAAGGAAACAACUAGAUCUGAUUGUGGAAUGGAUGGACAAAUCACUACGCCGUCAUGAUGAUCAGACCACGGCUUCAUUGAUAUCUCUUGCUGAACUACAACAAUUACACAAGCUGCGCGAUGCUGAUUAUGAAGCUCGUUUACAAUUGGUGGAAAAGUUGGAAGCUCGGGUGAAGGAAUUAUCUACAUCGGUAGAAGAGGGUAAUGUUUCGACACGACGUUUGACUCUAGAACUGACGGAUGCAAAGGCUGCACUCGCUGACGAACAACAAAAACAAAUUGAAAUCAACGAUCCUUUGACUGCAGAUAUUGAUGCUCAACGCCUGGUGGCUUUAGAAAGUCGAGUGGUCGAAUUGGAUGAAGCUGUGGAAAAAGCAACCAAGGAACGUGAAGAGAUGGACCGUGACCUGGAAACCAAGCAAAAUGAAUUAUUAAUGGCGCAAAUGACAAUUGAAAAACAAGCUACCAGAUUGGCUCUUGUGGAACAGCAGCUCAAGGAUACCAUGGCUUCAAUGGAAAAGGAACGUAGUCUUUUGGCAGCCAACGACACAUCAGGUAUGAUAGCCGAAUUGGAAGACAAGUUGCAAGUACUUCAACGUGCACGACAAUUGGAUCAAGAUGAAUAUGAAGGACGAUUUGACCGAGCCAUGGAUGAUCUGGAUAAAACUAAGAAGGCAUACAAAGAACAAUCUCAUGUAGUGGCAUCUUUGGAACAAUCCUUACAGACCAUGCAAGACCGUUUAGAAGAAGCUGUGACCAGUCAUGCUAAGAAAUCAACACAGUUACAACAACUUCAAGACCAACUCUUACGUCGUCGUCAGCGAUCGGAUUCAACUGCUAGUAAUAGUCGAAUGUUACAGGAUGACACAACCACUCGUGAAGAAAUCAUUGAUCAAUUGCACCAUCUUGCCAACGAUAAGACACAGCUGAUGAUACAAGUAGAUGAUUUGGAAGCUCAACUUGUUUUACAGCGAACUCAGUUUGGUUUGGAAACAAAGAAUUUGGAAUUAGAACUUAUGAAACUCAGUGCUGCAAACGACCGUAUGGAAAAAGAAAUGGAACAAGUGAUGCCUCGACAUUCUUUACCACAACCAAUUUCAGCAUCUGUUUCCUCUGGUCCCAUCUUCUCUAGCAAUAACAACAACAACAACAGCAACAACAACAAUAACAAUGGUAAUGGAUUACCUUUUACUUCUCCUCCCCAAACACCUCGUGUUGCAUCUCCUCCUCCCGGUGGCCAACAUCAUGGAUACAAAUUACAUCGUGAUCUUUCUUCAAACAGUAUGGCCAAGAUACAAAAAUCCAAUUCCUUCCGUGCACUAUCAGCCAUGGAUUAUCACCAUCCUACCGGUUUUUACGAUGAUGUGAGUUCGUCUCAACGACCUCUCAGUCAAUCAAUUCGCAAUUCAAUGGAUCGACCUGGUUCUAUAUCUUCUACAAGUUCAUUCCUCACUCGGUCUGCUUCCAUUCCACCACCAUCAGCACCACCUUCCAACCCAUUGCCACCUAUCCCAACUACACCUUUACCCGCUGUUCCCAACAACAAUUCUUCGUCAUCUGGUUCGUCAUCCAUGGUAACUUCACCUAUCAAUACAACUCAUCCUGUUUUUCCACCUACUGUUCUUCAGCGUAACAACUCGACACAUACAACCAACAGUCUUGUCAGUGAUAUGAGUGUUUCAACCAGUCAACAAUCAACCCAAACAACUGCCGAACAGUACGAUAAGAUGUUACGAUCCUUACAACGCAAGGCACAGGUAGCUGAAUCGGAUGUGCGUGCACAUCAAGACGUGAUCAGUAAACUAGAACAUCAAUUAUCAAGAUCCGAAACAUCAGUACGAGAUGCCAAGAAACAAUUGGAAGUAUUGAACAAAGAAAAACAAGCCUAUAGUUUAGAAAUCAAGAAUCUGCGAUCUCAAGUGACACAAAUCAUGAGUCAACAAAAAUCGUCUGUAGAUGAAGCUGGUGAAAGACGCAAGCAAUUGGAACAAUCUUUGGAACAAGAACGCCGACUCAAGGAAAAGGCUGAAAAGGCUCGUUUGAUUUUGGAAAACAGGAUGGAGGAAUUGAUGACCAAGAAAAACAAGUUUAUGUGCUUCUAG